CGCGGGGUGCCGUCCUUCCAAGAUGGAGUUUCUGCUGGGCAACCCCUUCGCCACCCCGGUGGGCCAGUGCCUGGAAAAAGCUACCGAUGGCUCCCUGCAGAGUGAAGACUGGACACUUAAUAUGGAAAUCUGUGACAUUAUCAACGAGACAGAGGAAGGUCCUAAGGAUGCUAUUCGGGCCCUGAAGAAAAGGCUCAAUGGAAACAAAAACUACAGGGAAGUGAUGCUGGCAUUAACGGUGUUGGAGACCUGCGUGAAGAACUGUGGCCAUCGCUUUCACGUCCUUGUGGCAAAUCGAGAUUUCAUAGACGGCGUCCUCGUGAAAAUCAUCUCCCCCAAGACUAACCCUCCUACCAUUGUCCAGGAUAAAGUUCUAGCUUUGAUUCAGGCUUGGGCUGAUGCUUUUCGAAGUAGCCCCGACCUCACUGGCGUGGUGCAUAUUUAUGAGGAGCUGAAAAGAAAAGGGAUCGAGUUUCCCAUGGCAGACUUAGAUGCCCUCUCGCCAAUACACACACCACAGCGGAGUGUUCCCGAAGUGGACCCAGCGGCAAACAUGCACCGAUCCCAAUCUCAGCAGAGGAUGAGCACCGGGCCCUAUUCCGCCCCUUCUCCUACAUCCUACACAGCUCCUCAAGCCCCAUCUUUGAACGUGACCGGACCCAUCACCGCCAAUUCGGAACAGAUCGCCAGACUGCGGAGUGAAUUGGAUGUCGUCCGUGGAAACACCAAAGUCAUGUCCGAAAUGCUAACAGAAAUGGUUCCCGGACAAGAAGAUUCGUCCGACCUUGAGUUGCUGCAGGAACUGAACCGGACCUGUAGAGCAAUGCAGCAGCGAAUUGUGGAACUCAUCUCCCGGGUGUCCAACGAGGAAGUCACUGAAGAGCUGCUGCACGUGAACGACGACUUAAAUAACGUCUUCCUCAGAUACGAGAGGUUUGAACGGUACAGGUCAGGUCGUUCCACCCAAAACGCCAGUAAUGGAGUUUUGAAUGAGGUGACGGAAGAUAACUUAAUAGAUCUGGGUCCCGGGUCCCCAGCGGUAGUGAGUCCGAUGGUUGGAAAUGUGGUACCUCCAUCUUCUCUCUCCUCACAGCUUGCGGGACUUGACUUGGGGACAAACAGCGUCAGUGGAACUCUCAGCUCGCUCCAGCACUGUAACCCCCGGGAUGACUUUGACAUGUUUGCCCAGACGAGAGGAAGUUCCCUGGCUGAGCAACGUAAAACGGUAACCUACGAGGAUCCCCAGGCCGUUGGAGGACUGACAUCUGCCCUGGAUGUUCGAAAACAAAACCCUGGAGUGAGGAGAGGGAAAGGUGGGAAUUCUGUCAUGGAGCCUAUAGACAAGUGGCUAAUUACACAAGGAAUGAUCCCCGUUGCUCAGUCCUCUGUUAUGGAUGACAUUGAGGUGUGGCUCAGUACAGACUUGAAAGGUGAUGAACCAGAGGAAGGAGUCACAAGCGAAGAGUUUGACAAGUUUCUAGAAGAAAGGGCCAAAGCUGCUGAAAUGGUUCCUAAUUUACCCUCACCACCUGCGGAGGCACCGGCCCCCCCGACGAAUCCUCCUGGCAGGAAGAAGCCAGAGCGUUCUGAAGAUGCCCUUUUUGCCCUGUGAGGAGACCUCUUGAUCAUCAUCCUCGUGCUCUGCAGAAGUAUGUUGCCCUCUGGUCGUACCAUCUUCUCCCCAGCCAUGGCAGACAGCACCCAGUCUCCUCCCGCUUUCUCCUCAGAUGAAAUCUCUUCUGUCUUUGAGAGGAAGCACCACAUUGGAACCCCGUUCGGUGUCCCAUCAGACUCUUCAACCCUCGCUCUGAGCCUCCUUUUUCCAUCUGGGCUGUGUGAUAGUGGGCUGCUCUGCUGAAACCCACCCGUCUCUCCUUCCUCUUUCCCGUCACUUCCUGAAAAGUGAAGCUGCAUGAGUUCCAUUUACCCUGUUAAAACCCAGGCCUAGCCGAGAAAGCGGCCAGAGCGGAGGAUCCUGAAGCCGAGGUGGUCGAGGUCCUCCGUUGCAGGCCGGUCCUGGGCGAUUGGCUGGUGGUAGAAGCCAUCCCUGAAUGAAGCAGCGGGGAGGAGCUUUGUGUCUCCGGCUCCAGAUCUAAAUUCGUGUACCCUGCUGAAGGGAGGAAGCCAAGAACUCAGCCGUCCACCUCUUUCACCACUCUGUCCCCUGCUCUCCCGACACAGUGUUUCCAAAGAUGCAACCCUUUGAGUUUUUCUUGCUUCCCUUUUUUUUUCCCCCUCUUUCAGGAACACUGACUCGGGGAGACUUGAACGGGGUGAUCCGAUUGGAGUUCAUUUGGCUUCCCUCCUUCAGCUUCCCAUCAUGAUAGUUGAAGUUGGCGUGGUUAAGGCAUAACGGUGUUUGGAGGGCCUCAUUGUAAACAUCUGCCUCUCCAGGGUUUGUCGGUCUGUUACAGAGCGUGUGUCGCAGUGUUGACUGAGAGGUUGGGUUUCCUCAUUCAGAGGAUACUCCCCUUCUUGUUUUUCUUUGCAAUCAUCCUCUUGGAAAGACCCUUGCUGUCAGGCCAUGUACAUUAAAUGAUGUCCCGUUGCCCGGUGGAACUUGAAAUCCCACCUGGGAGUGCUUCCAGGGGGUGCCGAACUCAGACACGGGGGUUGGAGGGGAAAGCUAGCGGUUAAGUCCAUCUACGGUAACUAACCCAUUCACACGUCGACCACAGCACCCUCUUUCUUGUUGACAUCAGCUGGCAUUGACAACACUAACCAGGGCUUUAGAAACAGAAAGCUUUCCUGUCCUGGGCCCUUUCCUCUGCUUGCGGGGGCGGGGUGGUGUGGGGGGCACUGAGCAGGUUGCUUUGACACCUCUACCUCCUAAAAGUCACCUGAUCAUUAGGGAUGAUCAGUCACAUGGCUCUGCUAUCACGGCAAGUUCGAUGGGUGAAAUGACACUAAGGCACACCUGUGCUUCUCCGGACUCCAGGCUGGGGAGGGAUGGGCCGGGCCGGCUUCCUCAGUGAGAAUUGAGAUUCUAAACUUUUCCUGUUGGGGAAUGUCCUGGAACAUUUAUUUCCUCACUCUCUCUGCCCCCCCGACAGCCUGCAGCGAGCGAGCCAGGGUUGGUUGGGAGUCCGGAGAAGCCAGCUAACAAGGCUGAAUGGCCCUGCAGAGGGAGGCCAGGGAUCUGUCUGAAAAGACCCUGGGCACACAAACAACCCUUCUCACAAGACUUGUGUUCCUUUAGUGGGGCUGGAAAUGCCAGAGGAGCAGGGGAUUUUUUGACUAAGGAUCUGCCCCUAUUUUCCACUACCCACCUACCUCCUUUCCCCAGAAGCCCGAGACUGCGUGGCCCCGGCCAGAGCAGCUGGGCAGUGGGUGGCCUUGCCGCUGUACUGAAACUGGAAGGAAAAUGCCACCACAGCCAAAAGAGCUGCACUUUGGACUUCUCUUUUCAGGCACUGAUUGAAGUUGGCUAACACCAGCCUCCCCCUCUGCCAGUUUUGGGAGCACUGGCUUCAAGCAGCUGAUGCACCACGGUCUGACCCAAGGCUCGUUGGAACAAAGUGUGCUCCCACUGUGAAUUGGGCAGGAUUAUUUGCGGUUAGAACUUGGACCCGGGGGCGGCCCUGGGUCAGCUCUGCCUCCCGACGGUCCACGUUAUCCUGUGUGGUUUCAGCCAGCUCUGGCUUCCCCGGCCCUCAGCCUCCUUGGGCAAGUAGGCUUGGAGACCCAGCCCCUGUUAGCAAAAAACUGACCUCGUUGACAUGUAACCUCAGGGAGGAAACAAUAUAUCCUAGGCAAAGGCCAGGCUCUGGGUACCCGACUACGCAGCUUCAGGUUCCGGGCCAAUCCGAACGUGGUUCCUGUAGCCCAGACAGAAGCCAGGUUUGGCACCAGCUAAUUAUCACGGUGAAUUCACUCAGCAGCAGUGCGAGCCCCUCAAAAUCACCGGGCCCAGCUGAGCACCGACUGGCCCCAGCCUUUGGAGAAGAGCAUAGUGGGUGAUGGGGCAGGGUGGCCUUACAAAGUGUAGCGAGGCUAGGCAGAGGAGUACUGCCCAGCAAAGCCCCAUGGCCAAUCCUCCCCCAGGGAAGUUGAGAGGAAGGCAGCUAGUAUAUUGAAACCAGGCUGCUUGCAACUACAACUAGAAAUGUGUCAGAGGUCACUGGCCCAGACCCUUAAGAUUGGGCUGCUGGUUAUCCCUCCUGCGGACCUCUCCUUCUUGGCCUCUUCCCUCAUAACCUUCUGCUUCCCGUAGACCUCUUCCUUUCUCAAGUGGUGGUCUCCUUGCACUCUCCUGCACAUGUUGUUCAUCCUCCCUUUCCCUUUUCCCUCUUAUCUCAGCAUGUCUUUGCAAAGGUUUUAGUGUGCAGGCAUGGCUUCUCCCUGUUGCCUUUUAUUCCUGGAAGCCAUCAAUACAGAGCUGGUGCUAGAAGGGAGAUGUCGGAGACAGCUCACGACAAACCAAGGGAGCCAAGUGUCUUUCCUUGGCCUUCCGUGGCCAUCUUCCAUCAGGAGCAGGAACAGCCUUGGAGUUUCUGGAGUGGGCCAUCGUGAUCUCAUCAUCUUUCUGCCCCACCUCAAUUUAGUUAUUUCCACUGUCCCAUUAUGUUCUUUGCUUCCAGGGAUCUGGAUUUCCCAACCCGGAGUUGGGCUCCAGAGAAUCUACUUAAGAUCAUCUGCACUGUUUUGUGAAUCAUAGCAGGAGGAGGUGACUAUCUUGGGCCACACAGACAAUAGCAAGAGGGUUUCUAUCAUCUUCCUGGAAUAGGGCAUCUCCCUGAGAUGAGUCCCAAUCGAUCCCCCAUGCACCUCUCCUUGCCAUUUCUCCCUCUUCCUUGGAUCCAUUUCCCUUAUCCAUCAACCACCGUACUCGAGGAACAGGUCUGUGUGUGGAUAUCGGGGGUCCCCAGGCAGCUCAUCUGACCCUGUUUAUCCCAGUCCUGAGAAAACAACGUGGCCGAAAGUAGAGUGUUGUAUUCAGAAAAUUUGAUCGCUGACUCUUGAGGGGGGAUUCUUCUCCAAAGCAGGGAAAUGGAGGUACAGUGCCACUUACCUCUGCAUUGUUCUAGCUAGCAGUUUAGGAGCAAUGUACCAUGGCUGGGCAUUCACUUUUCCCAGUCACCCAUGUGAACCCCUCCCCGGAACAGGGAGGCCUGUAGUCUUCCCUUCUCGGUGGAAAGAAAGAGCAGAAGCAAAGUCCCCACCGCUAAGUCUGGCUUUCCACUUCACCCACUCAGAGGCGGCUGUGUGGGCAGUGGCUUCAUGCCUGUCAUCCUAAUUUGUUCUUUUAGAAUCAGCUUUCUGGUUCUGAGCGCCAGUCCCCCCCUCCGCUGUUAUCAGCAAGGUGGAGAUAGCGCGGUUUUGAAUAGCUGCAGCGAUUGGCAGAUUUUUGCUCCCUGCCCCUCCCGAGCCGUCCAUGAAAUAGGGUGAGGGCACUUACCCUGGGGAAAAGAGGAGGCCCUGCGCCCAGAGGGAAUGGGUCCAGUGUACAAGAUCCCCCUCCGUCACUACAUCCUGGGAGCCCCCACUAUAUCUCUGUCUCUAGAGGCACAUUGCAGUCGAGAAAGCGCCACCUUAGCCCUCGCUCACCCCUGUUCUUUCUGACCGCUAGCCAUUUGGAUGGAGUUGUGUAAUAUCCUGUAUCAGGAUGUCUCUCAAUCCCUUCUCGUGGCUCUGGUCCUCACUGUGUUAGCCGGGACGCCCCGAGGCCCUCCAAAUUCCCCGUCCUGUGCCGUCACGCUGGGUGCUGGGGGAAGGUGGACACCCGCAACUCAGCGAUGGAUGGGCUUUUGGCUUCCUCCCUUCCCCCCACUGUCAUGUUUUCUCAUGUGGGUCAGCAGAGCGAGAGAAUCAUCCCUGUGUCACACUCCAUAGAGUCAGGCUGCAAAGGAGAAAAUACGAUCACUUUAGGAAGAAUCACUGUGUUAGGAAUCGAGGAUACAGUAUGUACUUAAUUACACUAAAUUAUUGUUGGGGAUCCUUGUAAGCUCUAAUUAUACUUGAUUAUAGGUUAAAAUAUUUAUUUUGUCACAAUAUUUUCUUCCGGGAUGUAUUUAACUUGGGUAUUCUCAUUGUGUGCUGAGGCGUGAACAAUUUACUCAUUUCCAUUUUCCUACCUUUUCCUUUUGGGGGGAGUUGGGAAGGAAGGAUGUAGCUCAAAACAGUCUUGCAAAAGUUAGAAGCUAACCUUCAGCCAGCACCCAGGAGAGCAAUGCCCUAUUUGGGAGCGGCGGGGGGCAGGGAGGGGGAGCCUUACGACAUUGAAUGUCUGAUCUGAGAGAUAUGGCAUUGGUCAGCCGAGGCCGGGCCUCUUGGAAGUCUGUCUUCUUCCGUCAGUCUUCUCUGUUCUUCUGAUCUCGAGUCCCCGUCAAACCACUUUGAUCCGUGCAGCGGUGCUUCUCCUCCACCAGGCAUGGCACAAAGUUGAUUUUUUUUCUUCCAGCCCCAGAGAGGAGCCGUAGAGGGCAAGUGGCUGAGGAGAGAGCAUCUCCCCCCUGUUUGGAUGUGCCCCUGGGCCAUCUCCUCUCUCUAACAUCUAGUGGUACUAUUGGUUGCAAUACUCCCAGCCCAGUCCUGAGGUUCUUGCUGAAGAAACACUACACCAGGCAGGUAGGGGGCUUUACUUGCCAACAUCGCAGUUACUAGUUCACUUUGUGGCCCCCUCUCCCCUCCUCCCCCAUUUUACAAGCAGACAGUCUGCCCGAACCCAGGCAGGGCUGUAGAGGCGGGGCUCUAGCCUUGUCCUAACAGUCUAGUUCCUUAUUUCCCUCCCACUCUUGGGAGGGGGGGUGGCAGACCCUGCCCCUCCCCAUCCUCCCCACCCCCGGACCUUUCUUUAUAUUUAACCUCCAAAGCCUCAGCUUCAGAUUGACAACAAGCACCCUUCCUAAAACAUGUGGGCCGUUUUUCCUGGAGGAAUGGGACAGCCAACAGGUGCUUCUCCCCUCCCCACCCAGCCGCCCUGCCUGGCCUCUCCUCACACACAGGUUGCCCUCUGAGGGCCAGGGCAGGCCCGUGGGACUUCCUGGGAAGAAUCCAGAGAAAACAAACAGUUGAAUUGUACCUCUCUGGGUUCUUCUCCUCCGAGCCCCCAUCCCUGGAAGGCUUGGGCCUAGGCUGGCUCUUUGCCUUUGUACAGUCAACUCCCUAGGCGGUUUUUGACCUUGGCAGGGAGGGGCAGUCCUGGUCACAGUGUUCCCUUCAGAAGGCUGCUUCCCCUCAUCCUCGAAGGGUUGUUGAAAGAGAUUAGAGAUUUUUUCUCUCUUCCCUGUGUACACUACACACGUGGCAAUAGCAGACACUUCGCCUAGUACUUAAAAGGAAAACGCAUUAUUCCGUCGACCUGAGAUUUUCUUUCUGACCCCACUUGAUUCAUUGGCCCAAACCCACCCUCGUCCACCUUUCGUCCCCUCUGACCCUUCACCUUCAUCCGUUGGCAGGGAAUGGGCCGUUCUGGAAAUUCUGGGGGCGUACCUCUCCUCCUCUCCCGUCGUGUCAUUAACCACACUACUUCUCGUGCAACUCCGUGUACUAGUAGCUUCUCUCUGUAUAUUAAAGCUGUGGCUUUCCAGCUGAAAAAGGGGACCGCUAUUUAUUUACCGAAGAUGAUAUUUUUUUGAUUUCGGGGUUUGGAGGAGGAGGGAUGGGAUGUAUCUGUUCAAGUGGGUCAGGUUCACUGUCAAACCGCCCGAGACUGGCUUUCAUGUUGGUGUUUUGUGUUCCCAUGGGCAAAGCCAGGGUGGGUUGGUGUGCAAGUACUUGGGUCAGGGUGAAACUGGUAUAUUCUCACCACUUACUCUUGUUCCACAUACCAUCUCUCUAGUUUUGGUUCUUGCAUGUGAAAUACUCCAAUAAAAAACACUAGUAGUGUGAACUGUA